ACGAGCCCCUUACAAGCAAGUCCAGCAGUCGGCGACCACAUUCUCGAUCAUGGUAUACGCCACGAAAAGGGUCAACAACAUCUGACACGAAAUGGAUAACGUCCGGGUACUGAAUACCGCUAUCUCUUGACCCAACCGUCCGUCCUCAAACGUUAUAAAGAAACCCGUGCAAUAGUUCACCAAUCCUCCAAGUCACUCACCAAGAGAAUCGAUAACCACACAAUCACCACGCACAGGCAACAUCUCCAUCCAUCAAACUCCAACCCAUCCAUCCAUCCACAAAUGUCCUCAUCAACCCCUCAAGACCACGAACCCCUAAUCCACCCCCUCUUCGACCCUGCAACCUCAACAUUCACUUACCUCGUUGCCUGCCCCUCCACCCUCCACGCCGUGGUAAUCGACUCCGUCCUCGACUUCGACCCCGCCACCUCCCGUAUCUCCACCACCACCGCCGACUCCCUACUCUCUCUCAUCCGUUCCCACAACUACAAGAUUGUGAAAGUCCUCGAAACUCACGUGCACGCCGACCACCUCACUGCUUCUCGCUAUCUGCAAAUUCAACUGGCUAGUGAUGGUGCUGAGGAUGAGAAAAAUGGGAGUAUCAAAAAGCCCGAGAUUUGCAUAGGCAAAAGGAUUGUGCCAGUCCAAGAAAGGUUUGCGGAGAAGUACGGGAUUCCCAGGGAGGAAUGGGAGGGGGUGUUUGAUAGGGUGUUUGAGGAUGACGAGGAGUUUCCUGUGGGAGACUUGAAGGUCAAGGUGAAGCAUUUGCCGGGGCAUACGCCGGAUCAUGUUGGGUAUAUGGUUGGGUCGAAUAUCUUUUGCGGCGAUUCCCUCUUUGAUCCUGAAGUUGGGUCCGCGCGGUGUGACUUUCCUGGGGGCAAUGCACACGCACUAUACAACUCAGUCCAAACCCUCUUCUCCCUACCCGCCCAUUACAGGAUCUACACAGGCCAUGACUACCCUUCCGCCGACUCCCGCUCUCCUCAGCCCUACACCACCAUCGCCGACCAAAAGCGGCUGAACAAGCACCUGAAAGAGGGAACAACAAAAGACCAAUUCGUCCACUGGAGACAGGAGCGCGACUCGGGACUGGCGGAGCCGAAACUCUUGCACCAGGCGCUACAGGUUAACGUACGGGCGGGGAGGAUGCCAAGGGAUGGGAUGCUGAAGGUGCCUUUGAAGAUGCCGGGAGGGUGGAAGUUAUGAGACGCUGAAGCCCCGUCUUGGUUGACUACCUGCACGUUUGUAGGUGGUCGAGUCAGGACGAAAGAAACAUCUUUGCGCGUCUGGAGGAACGCUCUAAGUGCCGAAAGUCACAGGG